CUCGUCGCCUUCGGUCCGGCCCAGUGCGCAUCGGUGCUCCAGUACGUACGGUUGGUGUCUAUCGCGCGCGCAGUCUUCUAACCAGGCGGACGACUACGCGACGGGGACGAUACAGCGUAGCGAGAAGUGCGUGUCGUCAGUCCAAUCCCGACGGUUUCGCCGCGGUCGUUGUGCUGUCGCGGUGCCAGGCGACGUCGGGGAGCCAGCUGAAACGCCGACUCGUCCAUUUCUAAUUCACGACGUGAGUCGAGCAUCCGCCGACGACGUACACACAUACGCAUUCACACGGUAGGUUGUGUGACGAAGGAUGGCGGAAGCCCAUUCAGCUGUAGCGUUUAGCUUUUCCAUAACCCACGAAGGAUGGGAUGUGAAUUUCGAUCGAGAAGUACUUCACUUGGUGUGGCUUUCCGGUGUACGAUCCUGGAAGAAGAGAUUCUUCAGGUUCCAGAACAACCUGAAGAGCGGCGUUUAUCCGGCUUCCUUGGAGAGUUUGUGGAUCACUGUGAUUAUAGUAACGGCGAUACACUUCGCCGGUUAUAAGGUCCCGUAUGACCUCGUCGGCAAAGUUUCACCGUAUCUUUCCGAUUCGUCGGUUCUCGCGCAUCUGGCAGGAUCGUUCGUAGUCGGCCUGUUCCUGUGGCUGGCGGUUAUAUACGCGAUUCGCUAUAUUCUGAAAGUAUUGCUCAUGUACAAAGGGUGGAUGUACGAGACGAGAGGUAAAGGUCGCAAAAUAUCGCGGUUCACGCGACUCUGGUUACUCCUGGUGAAGAUGUUCUCUGGUUGGCAUAAGCCUAUGCUGUACAGUUUUCAAGGAUCACUGCCACGAUUGCCGCUGCCAUCCGUAUCCGACACUAUGGCACGGUAUUUGAGGAGUGUACGACCGUUAGUGGACGACGAGAAUUAUACUCGCAUGGAGAGACUGGCCAACGAGUUCCAAAAUGGUAUCGGAAAUAAACUACAGCGUUACCUGAUCCUCAAGUCCUGGUGGUCCACCAACUACGUGUCCGAUUGGUGGGAGGAAUAUGUUUACCUGCGCGGAAGAUCGCCUCUGAUGGUCAACUCGAAUUUUUACGGAAUUGAUGCUAUCCUCACGCAUCCUACGACUGUGCAAGCCGCGCGCGCCGCAUCCGCUAUACAUUCUUGCUUGCAGUACAGACGUCUUAUCGAACGUCAGGAAUUAGAGCCGAUUUUGGUGCAAGGAUUAGUGCCGCUGUGUUCUUGGCAAUAUGAACGCCUGUUCAACACUACGCGAAUUCCGGGAGUCGAGGUUGACAAAAUCGUACAUUACCAGGAUACUAAGCAUAUCGUAGUAUAUCAUAAAGGCAGAUACUUCAAAGUUCUCAUUUACUAUAAAAAUAGGAUUCUUCAAGCUUGUGAAAUAGAAAUUCAGAUUCAGCAGAUUUUGGAUGACCAAUCGGCACCGUCAAAAGGGGAGGAGAAAUUAGCUGCUCUGACGGCUGGCGAUAGAACCGCCUGGGCACAAGCUAGGCAAGAGUUCUUUGGGAAGGGUGUAAAUAAAGUUGCUUUAGACUUAAUCGAGAAGGCUGCAUUUAUAGUCGCUUUGGAUGAUAUACCUUAUGAAUACGAUCCAGAGCAUCCGGAAAAGUUAGACAAUUAUGGUAGGAUUCUAUUACACGGAAAAGGAUACGAUCGAUGGUUCGACAAAUCUUUCACUCUUUGCGUCGGAAACAAUGGAAGAAUCGGUUUCAAUGCCGAGCAUUCCUGGGCAGACGCUGCGGUCAUGUCACACUUAUGGGAAUACGUGAUAAGUACGGACUUCCUCAACGAACAGGCUGAUGCACCAGUGAUGGGAACUCUAUGGGAAUUUAUUAUGGCUACUGAUAACGAGAUUGGAUACAAGGACGGCCACAGCGUAGGUACUCCAGAAUUUACACCUCCCGCACCGAGUCGACUGCAAUGGGAUCUGAACGCCGAGUGUAUCGAAGUUAUUGAAAAAUCCCAUCAAGUUGCACAUAAUUUACUGAAUGAUGUUGAGUUGCGUAUUUACGUGCACAAUGCUUACGGUAAGGGCUUGAUGAAGUACCAUUCCAUAUCGCCGGACGCCUUCAUACAAAUGGCAUUGCAACUGGCAUACUACCGCGACGCCUCCAAGUUCAAUUUGACUUACGAAGCUUCUAUGACGAGAUUAUUCCGGGAAGGCAGAACGGAAACAGUUAGACCGUGCACUAUCGAAUCCGCAAAGUGGGUGAAAUCGAUGGAGGAUAAUACAACGACGACGGAAGAAAAAGUAAGACUGCUGAUGGCUGCGGUGGCAAAACAUCAGAGAAGCUAUCAGGACGCUAUGUGCGGCAAAGGGAUAGACAGACAUUUGUUUUGCUUAUACGUAGUAUCAAAGUACUUAGAAGUAGAUUCACCGUUUUUAAAGGAGGUUUUAAGCGAGCCAUGGAGACUGUCAACGUCGCAGACUCCACAUGGCCAAACUUCAAGAUUGGACUUGAAGAAGUACCCCAACUGCAUUUCAGCGGGUGGCGGAUUCGGUCCUGUGGCUGACGACGGUUACGGUGUUUCUUAUAUAGUCGCGGGAGAAGAUCUUCUAUUCUUCCAUGUCUCUAGUAAACGAACUUCGUCGAAAACAGAUGCUGCCAGAUUCGCGAAACAGAUAGAGAAAGCACUUGAUGAUAUGAAAAAUUUGCUAGAACAGAAGAAGAAAAUACAUCAGAAGAACGGAUCUGCGUAACUUAUUCGUUAUUAUAAACAAUAGUCUCAAAAAGGUGGCUAUAAGCUAUAUAGUAAAACAGAAUUUAUACCUCUGAAUAACUUCUUUCUGGUGUAUGCAGAUUGAGAACGAUGUAAAUAUAAUUUAAUAUAUUUACAUAAAAAUAAUUUAUAAUCUCUAAUAGUUUUUUAUAUAGACGUUUAUUCUAGUAGAUGGAAAAAUAAUGGGCUCAAAAUUCAAAAUGCAGCAUAGACAGAUGCAAGUAGAAUUAUAUUUUUACAGUCAUUUUCACAUUCGUUAUAUACGUAUUAUCAUCAAAUAGCAUUUUUAUUAUUAGAUAAUUAUACUUGAACUGACAAUUUAUGCGCGAUUUAUUAAUAUUGCACAGCAAAAAUGUGCACAAAAGCACAAGUAUAAAAUUUUCAUUAGUUGCUGUACAAUACUGCAGACUUGUAAAACAAUUUGAUAUUAAUGUUAUAUGAUUGAAGAAACUUAUACAGAUGGUCACUUAUUAACAUGUAAUUUUUAUCGUAAAUAACAUUGGGUCGUGUAUACACAAAUGAAUUAUGCCUACGAUAUUUGUGAGUGAGAAUUUUAAAAAUAUGGUUAUGGAAAUAUCAGUUUUUUUUUCUCGGAUAAAAGUUUUCCAAACGUUCACCUUUGUAAAGUUGGCUAUUUGCAUAAGAUUUUGCUGUAAAAUUACAAUUUAUAACAAUUUAGAUCGAUAUUGCGGACAAUGCAAAACAAAUUCCGAUUGCCUUAUUCCCACUAACUAAUAUUAUCUGUUAUAGUUGAAUAUCGAGAAUAUUAUCGUAGCAUAUUUCAUGAAAGCUACUUAUUUUAUCACAACAUAUCAAAUCAAACAAAUAACUCGUAAAUCUUAUUAGUUACGGAAAAACUUGAAAAUUUUUAGGUACGUGCGAUAUAAAAGAGUAUGUUACCAAAAUUAGGUCAUACAUAUAUUUCAGAUAAACGAAAAAAUUUUUAUCGUCACAAUGAGCAAAUUAUAACACUCAUUGCAUACCUACUGCAAAUAUAUAACGUGCAAAUUUCAUAAUUUCAUCUGCGUACUAUACAGACUACAUCUCGUAUUGUAUUUUAAUAUCAAGUAAGAGCGCAUUGAUCUGUAAUGCAACUUGUGCAUAUAAAGAAAGAAUUUUUCUCGGAGAAUAUCGACACAUAAGUGAUAAAUAAGUAUCGCUUGUACUUUAAUAUAUGAGAAGAUAUUUUGAUUUGUAAGUGGACAUGCAUUGUCUUAAGAAUAGCCGUAAUUUAGGAAAUUAUAUUUUUUGUAUGUCUUAUUGCAUUGAUUUUGCGUUGAUAAUAGCUCUUUAAGAUAAAUGCAUACUUCCAAUAAUUUAAAUAAGUUGUAUUUCGGAAGGUUGUUUUCGUAUUCAGAUUUCUCAAUAAUGCUACUUUUCAAUCACACGUUUCUAAUAUUUGGAGGAAAUUAUAUUUUGUAAAAUUUUUCUGGAUAUUCGAAUAUUUUAUUGAGUAUAUUUUCCUUUUAAGAAGUUAUUGAAUUUCUAGUUCUCGAGUUUCGAGAAUGUUUGAUUUCUUAAAGUAAUGCAUGUCCAUCGAUGUGUAUCAAUCUCGUGUGACAUCUAACGAGACACAGGUGUGUAAUUGUGAAUAUGUGAUCAGUCUAAUUUCUCGUGUAAGCAAACUUCAAGCGAUGCCAUAAACUGAUAUGUGCAACCUAUCAAUGCAAAAUGUUUUAGUUGUAAGUGAUUUUAUACUUAGGUUAGAAUCUUAUAGCUAUAUUCUCUAUGAUACGUUUGUUAAGGGUAUAUAUAGAGAGAUAACGGUGCUUUUAAAACUUGUUAUUACCUGGUGGUGUUAUGAUUAAACUUUACUAAGUUUUAAACCUAAGUGCAAGAUGAAAAUGCAAGAAGAAAAGAUAUAUAUAUAUAUAUAUAUAUAUAUAUGUGUGUGUGUGUGUGUGGGUGGGUGUUUGUGUGUGUGUGUGGGUGUUUGUGUGUGUGUAUAUAUAUAUAUCUUUUUUGUAUACUUCAUUUCUUCUUUGUACAUUUCAUAAAGUUGUGCAAACAACUAUAGACUAGAUAUGAAAUUGUACAAUGAACUUCUGUGUGUUACUUCUAAUAGAAGGACUUUGAUCAUCAUUGUAAAUAGAAGCGGUUUUUACGCUAAGAAUUUACAAUGGACAAUUUUUUUUUUAAAGAUCUAUAAAGUAUACUUAUCCAAAUGAAAUAUUGUAUGUAUGAAAUAUUUAAAUAUUGGCAACAAUAAGAACUAUGAAAUGUCUAUGAAACAUUUGAGGUAUUUUUAUACAAUAUUGUUAACCGAAUUAGAAUUCAUUUUAUACAUAUAUUAUUCAUUGGCACAUUUAUAUAGAAAUUUUCUCUGAAUUUUUACAAAAAUAUGUAAUCUUGUAAUUGUAACAAUGAGUGCUAUAAUAAAUAAAAUUACGAUCGUUUACAUCAAUAACAAUAUAUAUA